AUGGACGGGCAUGCUUUGGCUGUUAUGGAAGCGGUGGAGUCAUGGGACUGGCCUCUCACUUAUCGCAUUCAAGCGUCAGGAGAUCAAGGUAGCAAGUUCAAGUCGAUCAUACCAAAACUCUUGUCUGGUUUCAUCGCCGAAUCACAAGCAUUAGGCGGAACCUUAGUUGAUCAUUUCUGGGUCGUGCUUGGGCAAUGUCAUCCCCGGCUCGAGGAAAAUAUUACGAUCCUUCGGGACACAAAAUUUUCUUCCCCCCUUCAUUCUGAAACCAUGUUAUUCGAAGGGGUCAAUCGAGAAACGAACUCAGUAUUGGUUAUGAAUCCCAGUGGUCGUAAAUCUAGGAGCAGCACACCCCCCUCGGUUAACGAACUCAUCGCAAAGGAUACCGACGAACUCCUGCAGAUGGCUGCCUCAGAAGGCCUCGGAACUAGGAAACAAGCUGCUCUGGAAGCUCUGAUAUUCAAACGUGACGGCCAAUCUUGUCCAUUGACUGGCGUACCAUUCGACCCUGAGUAUGGUGUUGAUCCAAUUUUGGCCCAUGUAAUUCCUAACUCGGUCCAUAACAAGCCUGAGACUAUCAAGUGUAUUGCCAUGCUCGCUGGGACAGCCGUCUGUGACCUUGUUCUGGAACAGUUGAAUGGCCCAGGCAACCUUAUGCUUAUCCAAUCAGAUGCACACACUGCAUACGAUAACAUUCGCUGGGGGAUUGAGGCCCGCAACGAGAAUGGAAUGGUUAAAUACAUCUAUAGGAGAGUUCCCUAUUCGACUGCGAAGGGCCCCGGAUUCAUUCGCCUUUGCGAUGGGGAUCAGGUUGCCUUCGGAGGAGGCCCUGAGGCAGCACGACUCGGAUCAGGCCCCAAUCCGUCACUUUGUAACCUCCGACUUGCAGUGGCUCGCGUCUUGAGGAUGAGUGGCGCUGCGGACAUUAUCACAAAGAUGAUAGAUGACGGAAAUGACUCAGAUUUUCCUCACAUUUACAUUGCAUCGCCAGCGUUUUGUAGCAUUCUUACUGUUCGACUCCAACUUGCAGGGGGUGUUCUUCUGACAUUCAUUCACGAUCGCAACCUCGUGGAGCUUUGUCCUCGCCUUUCUCGAUACCCACUCGAUGAGUCGGUCUUCCCCAGAUCGUCCUCCGACCUCUUCACAGUUACCCCAUAUCCCAUAUCAGCUGUUAAAUAUGUUAUUUAUUUGUCUUGUCUCGGCGCAACUCCAGAUACUUCUUUUGUCUGA